CGACUCCUCCACUAUCAGCAGAUGGCGAUCAUCUCAUAAUGGCUGGAGGGCUUCCCACAAAAAGGGUUCCCUAAUUAUUUACUGCAAACCUACGCCACCAUUUGGCAGUCAAUUGACCCUCCCUCUCUCAUCCAUGAGGUGAAAACGUUCGGAUCCAUUGAUAAUGUGGUUCUCGGCACUGCUCGUAACUCUGGCUUUGAGCGGGUGUGGGCUUGCAGCACCAUACCAUGCAACGGGAAGCUCGGGUGCUGGAAUCGAGAGGCGACAGGCUUUGAAUGGCCUUUUCAAUGGCGUUGAUAAUGCUCUGGCUGUGACAGUCAGUGGAUUGUUGGAUGAACUCGGCGAUGCCCUGAACAAAGGAGACAGGGAAAAGACGCUUGAUAAGCUACAGAAGCUGAAGUCCACCAGAAAGCCAAAGAGCGUUGGCGACGCAUCAUCUAUCAUCGAGAAGGUCGCAAAGUCAAAACCUAAUAAUACCGUCGAGUACAGCGCACGAUUGAUAGCGAAUGGCAUCGUCUCUGGAUCAACAGAUGAUCUGCUCAGCUACGCCAAAGGUCUUGGGUCCGAAGAAAACGGUAACAACAACCAAAACCCUGACCCGCCAAAGAGCGUCUAUCCGAAGGCGGCAAGCUGCGAUGCGCCUUACACUGUCGCAGAAGAAAAGCUCAGGUCUGCUGUCUUCAUCCCAGACACCUUCACCUACGGUAAAAAGCUACCUGUGAUUCUGUUCCCUGGUACCGGAUCUACCGGAUACACCGCAUUUCGGGGCAGCUUCAUCCCAUUGCUUACCAGCGUGGACUGGGCUGAUCCUGUAUGGGUCAAUGUGCCUGAACUUCUUCUGGGUGAUGCGCAAGUCAAUGCUGAGUACGCCGCGUAUGCGCUGAAUUACAUUGCUUCCAUCUCAAGGCGAAGCGUUGCCAUCAUCGGUUGGUCGCAGGGAAACAUCGACACCCAAUGGGCAUUCAAGUACUGGCCAUCAACUCGUAAAGUUACGACCGAUCACGUCGCCAUUAGCGCGGAUUACAAGGGCACCAUCCUAGCCAACUUCGUCGACCUUUCAGGCAUUACCAACACGCCAUCUGUUGUCCAACAAGAAGCUGGUAGCGAUUUUAUUAAUGCUCUACGCUCUGAUGGCGGUGAUUCAGGAUAUGUACCAACAACAAGUCUAUACUCCAGCUUCCUAGAUGAGAUCGUCCAACCGCAAGAAGGCACCGGAGCUUCAGCUUACUUGCUCGACGAACGAAACGUCGGCGUCACAAAUGCUGAAGUACAAAAGGUUUGCGCUGGGAAGCCAGGCGGUUCCUUUUAUACGCAUGAGAGCAUGCUUAUAAACCCUCUCAGCUUUGCCCUUGCCAAAGAUGCGCUCACUCAUGACGGACCCGGAAAGAUCUCCAGGCUAGACCUGGGAACAGUCUGCGCCUCAUCUUUAGCACCAGGACUUGGAUUGGAGGAUCUUUUGAUCACUGAGAAUGCGAUUGUGAUUGCGGGAAUUUCUCUUGUAACGUAUUUGCCGAAGGUGAAGCAAGAACCAGCGAUUAAGGAUUACGCUCUGAAGGCGGCGGGGACAUGUUAGUUACUAUGGGACCCCGCUGUCAGCAAUUGAUUCAUUAUCGAAAGUUGUUAUCGUCCCUGGCGAUAGACACCGUACACCGUGUACUCCCUGCAUCUUCGAGUGCCAAGCCUCGUGUGG